GAUGUCUCCUGUCACGAAUCCACACCCCUUAGUCUUAGAAACAAGCAAUUCACUUCCUUGUUUGUAAGUUUUGAGGAUAAACGAAAAUCGAGAGAUGGAGGUUUCCGGAAAGAGACGUGACCCUGACCUUGACAAGGGCUCCGCAGACGCAACUGUCUACUGUCAGCCGUGUGGAGAGGGCGGGAAACGCGCUGUAGCCAAGGGAUUCUGUCAGACAUGUGAGGAAUACAUGUGCGAUCCCUGUAUCGAGGCCCAUAAGAGGUUCAAGGUGUCCAGGAACCACAUUAUGUUGUCAAAAGACAAGAUGCCGUCCUUCUACCCGUCCACCAAGCAGUCCGACAUCGGCGAUACUGAAUAUUGUAAAAAGCAUCCGAAGGAGAUGAUCAAGUUUUACUGCCCGACCCACGGCGACCUUGGCUGUGGUGACUGUGUCGUACUCGACCACCGCAGUUGUAAAGUCGAUUACAUUGCUGACGUUGCUAAAGAUUUUGUCAUAGGCAACGAAUUCAAAGAGCUGGGACCAUCGAUUAAACGAACUGAUGAUUUUCUAUCUGGGUCCAUAAGUAAUGUCAGUGAGCUUUUAGACGAGGUCGAAAACCAAUCGAAGCAUGAGAUCGCUAGAUUGAGGAAGUUCCGGGCAGAAAUCAACACCUACCUGGACCGCCGCGAGAAGGAGUUGCUCGACAACAUCCGGAAAGUGAAGAUCGAUGAUGAGAAGGUGCUGAAUACCUUAAAGACUGACUGUGAGUCGGCGAAAUCGGGCCUUGAGGCCAUGAAAGCGGAUCUAUCGUCCGGCGACAUCUCGGUGAACCAGAGGUACGUGGCUGCGAGGCGAGCCGAAAAGGACUUACGGAAUAUUCUGGAUAAGACAAAGCAGAUGACCGGUCUGAUAAAGGCCCGAAAGUAUCGGUUUACCAAAGACGAGGACACGGAACGUCUUCUGGGAUCGAACAUGGGCCUGGGAAAACUCGAUGUUGCCGGAGAGUUUUUUCCAGUUCCUGACCUCUCUACUGUGACAUGGAAGAAGGGGGCGGAUAUCAACGUUAAAACGUCUCAGGACCAGGCAACCUGCUGGAUCACGGGCUCCGCCGUCCUUACUUCUGGUCUCUUUCUCCUGGCUGACUGGAAUAAACAAUAAUGUCAA